AUGACGAUUCAAGUAUGGGUUUGGCUACGCGGCGAUUUUCUCUUGGAAUCAUUUCUCCCAUUAGAAUUUACUCUCAUCAAAACACCAAGUGCUCGAGAAGUUCCGGAAGAAACCGAAUCGCCAGGUCGUCGUACAGCUAUCGAAGGUGCACAUGCGCUGUUGGACGUGUGCCAAGCGAGGAAUUGGGAUCGUCUCGGGGUAGCGCAGUGGACUGAAAUUGUCGAUGAAAUUGGCUUGGACAAUGCCCUAAGCGAAGCAGUUUUUCGGAAUGCAUCUGGGGACGAAAGUUUCGCUACCUUACAUGUACUCGCCUUGCAUAUGCUCCUUGUUGGGCUGGAAUAUUUUUCGUAUGAAACAGAUGAGGCGAUCAACACCAGAGGUGAUAUUGUUACGGCGAUGGUCCACGAACAAAUGGAAGAUUUUGUUUUUGUGCUGUAUCGGUGCGCUACCGGUCUGCCUCGCGCUAGCCUUACAAAGGAGAAAUUGCGAGUGUUCGGUCCCCACAUGAAAAAGUUCCUCUCUAUGGUCGACAUUUUGUUCGAAGGUAUGACGGAGAAUGAUGAAGACGGUGACAGUCAUGAUGACAUCAUCAAAGUGUCCACAAUUGCGGGAAAAUUAUGGCUCAAAAAUGGCGAGAUUUCUAUUCGCAAAUUUAUUAGCAACAUGCGGCAGUGCCUUGUUCAAGAUCCUUUUCAAAUAGAUGACAUUUCUGUGAAUACGCCUUCGUGCUCUCCGCGCAAAGUAACCUCAUUGGCUGGCGCUCGGCGAAAGGUCACUGUUUCUGGCUGGGAAAGGUUUCAGCUAUUGUCUAAGCCUGUCUAUAAAGAUGUCCAUUUACGCAUACUUUCCAACAAAACACAAUCGUCGAUGUUCAUUGUGCCUUGGAGAUGCCGCUCGAUAAUUGUUGAUAAUGUAAAAUUUUGCCCAGCUAUGGUACUUGGGCCUACCCAUGGCUCUGUCAUACUUCGAGAGGUACACAACACUGCCGUAAGCGUUGCGUGCAAGCAGCUUUACCUCUGGAAUUGUUCCAGUGUUACCGUAUUCCUUCACUCAUUUCAUCCUCCAAUUGUAAGGUUGUGCAGCGAUAUUCGAUUCGCUCCUUAUAAUGUUUCUUAUGAGGGUAUUGAAGAGGAGAUGAUGGCUGCAGGUCUCAGAUGCUAUCAGUAUAAAACGCCAAAGCAUGCAGUUGUGCUAGAUGACUCUGAAACAUCCAUACUCCCCGCCACAGAAUUCUAUAUACAACCAGUUCCUAUCGUCAAUAACGAAUGCGACAUUAAGCUCCUUCUAAAAAAGCUCUGCCCUACAUACCGGAAGGAAUGGGAAAAUGCAUUGCAACUACUGCGGUCUGAUAACGGCGAUGCUCCCGACUUGCCCAUCAAAAAAACGGAUCUUUUCUACCUCAAAGGAAAAAUUUCGCCUGAGCUGUGA